AUGGUAAAAUGUGGACAGCUGAUCCCAACUGUGAACUCAAUAGAACUGGCCCCAGAACUCCAACUGCAGAGUAUAAAGUCUAAUGAGUUGGCCCCCACACCACGGCUGCAAAGUGGGAAAUCUGUGCAACCAGCCCCAGGGGCUCAGCUUCAAGGUAUGAAAUCUGUCCAAUUAACCCUAGGACCACAACAGCAAAGUGAAAAAUCUGCUGAUUUAGCCCCAGCGUCACAGUUGCACAGUAAGAAAUCUAUAGAUUUGACUCCUAGUUCACGGUUUCAAGGUAUGGAAUAUGUUCGUUUGGCCCCACCACCAGAGUUGCCAUGUAUAAAAACUGUGGAGUUGAACCUAAGACCCCUACAGGAAGAUAUGAAAUCUGUGGAGUUGGCCCCAAAGCCAUGUUUACAAGAUAAAAGAUCUGAGGAGAUAGCCCCAGUAGUACUACUUAAAGAUGCGAAAACUCUCCAAAUAGCAGAAUGUAGGAGGUUAAUCCCUGAGACACAAGCAGAAGGUAUAGAAUAUAAGGAGCCAAUCCCAGGGGCACACAUUCAAGCAGUAAAAUCUGUAGAGUUGAACCCCAAAUCAAAUCAUCAAAGCACAAAACCUGAAGGAUUGACCGCAUGGCAUCAAGCUUCAGAAUCUUUAGGGAUGAUCUCAGAGGCAGGAUAUCAAGAAGCAGAAGCAAAGUUGACCUCUGACACUUGUCACCACGUGAAAGAAUCUAUGGGGUGGAUACAACCAUCUUUAGGAAAUACCCCAGGGCCAUUAAGCCAAGCUUCACAAUCUCUGCAGAUGAACUCAAUGUCAUCCCAAGGUACUCUUGAGACAAUGCUCCAAACUGUAAAAGCCUUGGGGAAAACUCCAGUGUCACAACACAAAAUACAAGAACCUCUGGAAUUGGUACCAGGAUCAGAGUGGCAAGGUAUGAAAUCAGAGGUGUUGACUCCAGAGUCCCAAGAUAUGAAGUCUGUUCAUCUGAAGCUAGGACCGUAUUCAGACAUUGUGAACCAUGAGGAGUUGAUCUCAGAACCACAAUUUCAAAGUGUGAAAUCUGUGCCAUUGACCUCAAAACCACAGCCCAGAAGUGUAAAAUCUGAGGAGUUGACUCUAGGGCCGUUAACGCAUGAUAAUAAAUUUGUGAAUUUAACUGCACCACUGGAAGAAUCUAGGAGGUUAAUUCCUGAGACACCGUUACUACACAUUGAAUCAAGGAAACUGACCAUGGAACCAUAUUUACAAGUAAUGAAAUCUGUGGGUCUAACUUCCAGACCAAGGCAUCAAGGCACAGCACCCGCAGAGUUAGCUUCUGAGAUUUGGCCACAAGAGGAGGAAUCUGUGAAGCUGAUCCCACAGCAAGUCAUGGAAACUUCUGGGAUGAUGGCUAGGCCACAUUUUCAAAAGUUUUUAGACAUGACUCCAGAGCUAGGCUACCAAGACAUGGAAACUGUGAGGCCAACUUCAGAAGAUUUGCUCCAAGUGGUAUUAACACAAAAACCAACAGGUCAAGUUAUAGAAUCAGAAAGAAUGACUUUAAGGCCCCAUCUUCAAGUUACUGAGUUGUCAGAGAUACCCCUAAUGUCAGAAUAUGAAAACACAGAAACUGUGGGGUUGGCAUUGUUUCAAGCUAAAAACAUCCAGGAGGCAAUGCCAGUACGACCAUAUUUGGAAAAAGAAGCUCUGGAGUUGACUUUAGGACCAAGGAUGCAAUGUGAGAAAUCAGAGCUACUACCGCAAAAUUUGAAAUCUGUGAAGUUAACCUCUGAGUCAUCCCCAUUAGUGGUAGGACCUAAACAGUUUAUUACAGGACCAAAACCACGUACUGCGGAGUUGACCUCAGAGCCACAGCUCUGGGGAGUAAAGUCCAGGCAGUUGGACCCAGAGCCACAAUUAAAAGAUGUGAACUAUGUUAAUUUAAUUCAACAGUCAACUACUACUGGAGUGGUAGAAUCUGAGAAGCUGAUACAAGAGCCAGCGCCACAAAGUAUAAUAUCAGAGGAAUUGGCUAAGGGAGCACAGCUCCAAGGUGUGAAAUUGACCCUAGGGCCACAGCUGCAAAGUAUCAGAUUUCCCAAGUUAUCUCCAGGGCCACUUCUUCAAGGAGAAAAACCUGCAGAUUUAAUCUCAGAGUCCCCACAUGAAUUGACCCCAGGUUUCCCAAUGCAAGAAAUCAAAUUGUCAGAUUUUACUCCAGGGCCAAAGCAUCAAAGUAUUAUAUCUGCACAGUUGACUCCAGAACCACAACCUCAAGGUAUGACAUUUGUGGAACUAAACUCAGGACCAUGCUUGCAGGAUGUCAGAUUUUCUGAUUUGACCCCAGAACCAAAGCAUCAAGAUUUCAAACAUGUGCAGUUUAUACAAGGAACACACCUUCAAGAUACAAAGUCUGUAGGGUUUGUAACAGAGUCAUCUUUGCAGGUAAGCCAAGGGCUCCCAGUUGAAAAUAUGAAAGCUAUUUUGUCUAUAGACGGAUCACAGUUUCACAGUGUGAAAUCCGUGAAAUUGACCUCAGAAUUACAAUUUCAAGGUAUGAAAUCUGAGGAACUGAAGCUAGGACCAACACAGCAAGAUGUCAAAUAUUCUGAAUUGACUUCAGGGCCAAAGCUUCAAGGUGUCAAAUUUGGGGAACAAACCCCAGGAUCAAUGUUUUAUGGUCUAAAUUCUGUGGAGAUGACUCCAGAGUUAGGGCUUCAAGAUUCUGAAUUAGCAAAGAUGUCUCCAGAGCUUCAAGUCAGGAAACAGGUGGGGCUUAACCCAGGGCCAUGGCUAGAAGAUGUAAAAUUUUGUGAUCUGACAUCAGGAACUCAACCUCAAGGUGUGACAUCCUCAGAGUUAAACUCAGGGCCACAACUACAAUGUGUGAAAUUUUUUGAGUUGACCCCAGAGCUAAAGACGCAAGGAGGAAGAUCUAGGAAGUUGACCCCAGGACCUGAGCAACAAGGGGUUAAGCCUGAGAUGUUAGUACCAGAGCCAGUGUUUCAAGGUAUGAAAUGUGUAGCAGUAGACAAAAUGUCAAGCCUCAAAGGGGACAUUUCUUCUAAAUUAGUCUCAGAGCUACAAACACCAUUUAUAAAAUCUAUGACUAUGACUUCUAGGCUACAGGUGCCAAGUGUUAAUGAUUCUGAGUUGACCAGAAGACUACAGUUACAAGAUAUAAAAUUUUCUGAAUUGGUCCAGGGACCACAGUUGCAAGAUGUAAAACCUGUGGAGCGGAUCCCGACCUCAAAGCUUCAAGGUUUAAAAUCCGAGGUGCUAACCCAAGAACUACAGCUGGAAGAUAUGAAAUCUGUGGAGAUAACCCCAGGGCCAAAGUUGGGAGGUAUGAAAUCUAUACAGUUAACACCAAAGCCACAACUAGGAGAUGUCAAAUCUAUGGUGUUAACCCCUGGGCCACAGAAGAGAGGUGUGAAAGUGGUGGAGCUGACCCCAGGCUCAAAAGUUCAAGGUUUAAAAUCUGAGUUGUUGACCUCAGAGUUAGAGAUAGAAGAUGUGAAAUCUGUGGCCUCAACUCCAAGACAAUGUCUAAGAGGUAUGAAAUCUGUGUUGCUAACUCCAAGUCCACAGAUGGAAGAUGACAAAUCUGUGGAGAUAACCUCAGGGCCACAGAUAGAAGACAUCAAAUCUGUGAAAAUCACCCCAGAUUCCAAGCUUCAAGGUGUUAAGUCUGUUGAAUUGACUCUCCAUUCAAGAAUUCAAGAAUUCAAAACUGUGGAGUUGGUCCCAAGAACACAAGUGCAAGAUGUGAAAGCUGUGGAAUUGAAACUUGGGCCAAAGGUGCAAGGUGAAAAUUCUGUGCCUUUUGCACCUAAGUCAUUGCUCCAAAGGCCUCAACUGCAAGGUGUGAAACCUGAGGAACUGACUUCAGAGCCACAAAUGCAAGAUAUGAAAUUUGUGGAGGUUACCCCCUGUGUAAAGCUUCAAAGCUUAAAAUCGGUAGAGCAGACUCCAGAUCCAGAGCUGCAAUCUUUGGAUUGUGAAUCUGUGAAGUUGACCCCAAGGCCAAACAAGCAGGUAGCUAAAUCUGUAAAUGUAACCAGAAGACAAAAAUUUCAAGGAGCAAAAUUUGUGGAUUUAGCCUCAAGGCAACAUUUUCAAGGGAUGGCACUUGUGAAUUUAACUCCUGGACCAGAACAGGAUGGUGAGAUAUCUGUAAUCUCACCAGAGCAGCAAUGUGUGAAUUCACAGCAAUUGAGGAGAGGGUCUAGGUCAGAAGAUGCGAUGUCUUUGGGGUUAAUUCCAGACUUAAAAUCUAAAGGUGAGAAAUUAGUAGACCUCAACUUUGAGUUACACUCAAAAGGUAUGAAAUCAUUUGAAUUGACUCCAGAAUCAAAUAUUCAAGGUAUAAUACCUAAGGAGUUCAAACUUAAAUCACAGUUGCAAAGCAUAAAAUCCCCCAAGUUGACCCCAGGCCCACUGUUGCACCCAGUGAAAACCUCAGAGUCAACUUCAGAGCCACAGCUUCAAGGUGUGAAAACCGUUGAGUUAAAACAAGAGCCACAGCUUGAAAGUAUGAGAUGUGUUCAGUGGAUACCAGGACCUAACUUCCAGGAUGUGAACUCUGUAAGGUUAAAUCUUGGGUCACAAUCUCAAAGUGUCAAAUCUGCAGAGUUGAAAUCUUUGAUACAGUUAAGAAAUGUGAAGUCAUCUGAGUUGACUCUAGGGCCAAAAAUUCAAGGUGCAACAUAUAUGGAGUUCAACCUUGGGUCACAGUUGCAGAGUGUGAAAACCCCUGAGUUGCCCCCAGGAUCACAGCCACAAAAAGGGAAAUUGUUGGUGUCAACCUCAGAGCCACAGCUUCAAGGUGUGAAAACUGUGGAGUUAAACCAAGAGCCACAGCUUAGAAGUAUGAAAUCUGUUCAGUGGAUACCUGUACCAGAGUUUCAAGGCAUAAAAUCUCUGCUAAAUCUUGGGUUACAAUCUCAGUGUGUCAAACCAGCAGAACUGAAACCUUUGAUACAGUUAAGAGAUGUGAAGUCAUCCACACUGACCCCAAGGCCAAAGCUCCAAGGUAUACCCCAGGAACAUCAGCCGCAAAAUUUUGAUUUGAAACCUUGUCUUCAGGUUAGAAGUAUAAAAUCACGUGACCUGACUUCGAGGUCUAAGCUCUGUGAUAUAAAAUCUCUGUUAUCCAAAUCUAGGCUUCACUUGCAUGCUGGGAAAUCUCCUAAGUUGACCCCAGGACCACAGCUUCAAGUGAAACCCUUACAGUCUUUCCCAGGAACACAGCUUCAAGGUGCGAAGUCUCCAGUGCUUACCCAAGAACCACAGCUUCCUGAGGUGAAAUUUGGGGUAUUAAGCCAAGGGUCACAAUUACAAUGUGAUAAAAGUAUAGAGUUGAAUUCCCCACUACACUUGAAAAGUAUGAUGUCAUCUGAGUUGACUCUUCAGACAAAGCUUCAAGGUAUGAAAUCUGAGGAUUUCAACUCUAAGCCACAGGUGCAAGGUCUAAAAUCUUCUAAGUUGCCACCUGAGAUGAAGUCCCAAGAUAUGAAAUUUACUGAGUUAAACAACAGCUCACCGUUGCAAGGUAUAACAUUUUCUAAAUUGACUGUAGGGACAAAGAUUCGAGGUGUCAAAUCUACAGAUUUCAACUCUGGGCCAUUGUUUCAAGGUAUCAAAUCUUCUGAAGGGACCUCAAAGACAAAGCUUCAAUAUGUAAAACAUAAUGAAUUGAGCCCCAGUCCCCAGUUGCAAGGUGUGAAAUCUUCUGAGUCGAUACUGGGGACAAAGUUUCAAAAAGUGAAACCAGUGGAAUUCAAGUCAGGCCUACAGUUGCAAGAUAUGAAGUCUUCUAGCUUGAUCAUGGGUAUAAAGCUUCAAGAUGAAAAAUCUAUGAAUUCCAGGUCUGGACCACACAUUCAGAGUGUGAAAUCUUCUAAAGUGAUCUCAGGGGAAAAGCUUCAAGGUGUGAAAUCUGUAGAAUUGAAAUCUGGUCCAAAGUUACAAGGUGAGAAAUCUUCCAAUUUGAACCUAGGGAGGAAGUUUUCAGGUGUGAAAUCUGUAGAGUUGGACUCAGGCCCACAGUUACAAGAUAUGAAGUGUUCUGAGCUGAUCAUGGGUAUAAAGCUUCAAGACGUAAAAUCUAUGGGGUGCAGUUCUAGACCACACUUUCAAGGUAUAAAAUCUUCUGAGGUGAUCCCAGGGACAAAGCUUCGACAAGUGAAAUCAGUGUUCAACGCUGGACCACAAAUACAAAGUAAAAAAUCUUCUGAGUUGACUCAAGAGACAAAGCUUCAAGAUGUGAAAUCCUUAGGGUUCAACCAUGGUGCAAAGUUACAAGGUGGGAAAUCUUCUGAUUUAACCCAGGGGAGGAAGCUUCAGGGAGUGAAAUGUGUGGAGUUCAACCCUGAACCACAGAGACAAGGUGAGAAAUCUGACUUGACACUAAAGUGGAGGCCUCAAGAUUUGAAAUCUGUGGAAUUAAAGCCUGUUCUACAGUUACAAGGUGUGACAUCUGCUGAGUUAACACCAGAGACAAAACUUCAAAGCAGAGAAUCUGUGAAGUCCAUCACCACACCAAUGUGGCAAGAUAUGAAAUCUUCUGAGUUGACUCUAGGUACAAAGGUACAAGAUGUGAAAUCUUCAGGGUUCAACUCAGCCCCACAGUUACAAGAUAGGAAACUGUCUAUGUUGACACAAGGGGCACACCUUCAAGGUGUGAAAUCUAUGGAAUUCAACCCUGGGGCAAACGUGCAAAGUGCAAAAUCUUCUGAGUUGUGCCUAGGAACAAGGCUUCAAGGUAUGCAGUUCAAUACUGGACCACAGUUGCAAGAGAUGAAAUCUGAGUUGAGCAUGGAGAUGAAGCUUCCAGAUGAGCAAUUUCUGGAAUUCAACCAGGAACCUAAAUUGAAAGGUGGGAAAUCCUCUGAGCUGAAUCCAGGGCCACUGCAUGAGUGUACAAAUUUUAUGGCAUUCAACACUGGGCCAGAAUUGCAAGGUGUAAAAUCUUCUGAGUUGAAUCCUGGGCCAGAGUGUCAAGGUAUAAAAUCUAAGGUGUUCUGCCUUGGGCCACAUUUCCAAGGUGUGAAUUCUUCUGCAUUCAUUUCAGAACCAAAACUUCAGUGUGUAAAUUCCAUUGGAUGUAACCCUGGGCCACAUUUGCAAGGUGUUAACUCUUCUGAAUCAACUUCAGUUUCAAAACUUCAAGAAAGGAAGUCUUGUGAGUUGAAUCCAGGGACAGAGAUUCAAAAUGAGACAUGUAUAGUGUUCAACCCUAGACCACACUGGCAAUGUCUGAAAUCUGAAUUGAUUCCAGGGUCAAAGUUUCUAGGUGUAGCACCUCUGGAAUGUAACCUUGGGCCACAGAUACAGAGUGUAAAUUCUUCAGAGUUGAAUACAGAGACAAAAUUACAGUGUAUAAAUUCUAUGAAAUACAAACAUGGACCACGCUUGCAAGACCACCAGUCUUCAGACUUGGGGGAGAUGGAGGGUGGAGGGACUUCGUCGCGCAAACGACUGGACCGAGAGGGAGGGGUCCCGGGGUCAGAGAAACCCCACCCACUUUUUCCCGGGUCCUACAACGCAAUCCCGGGGCGGGGUCUCAGAGGCAUCGGAGGGGGGGCUCGUCACGUGACUCACUCGGGCUGCAGCCCCCUCGGAAGCAGCCAGGCGGAAGUAGACGUUCCGAACCGGGCUCGGCGGCGCCGACUCCACAUCCGGGAGAGGAGAGGAGAGCGGAAGUGGCGUUGGUCUGGCCGGAGCCCUUGGGUGAAUUGGUUAGGCGUGGAGAGGGAGUGA